AUGGCCAAUUUGAUAAAAAUACACCUCGAAGAAAAGUCCCCUCGCAAAAAAGCAAAAUCCGACGCCUUCUCGAACGCCAAGCUUGGACUAGGUCGGGUGGAGGCCCGCAUCGGGGACAGCCUGCGUCCACAUUGGCCUUGGCCAUCUUCAGCGUCAGUACUCCGCAAUGCUGAAGGUGGGAAGACCGUCGCUGUCACUGCCACCGCUUUGAAUGACACUGCCAUGUCCCCGCACACCAACGGGAAACAACAUAUCCCGUAUGAUGUGCCGGUCAUCUGCAUCGCUGGGGAGUUCGGGAAUCAGCUUGAGGCUGGAGGAAUCAAAUCAGGGUUACACGGCACUCUUCCUGCCACCCACGAACGCACCACGGGCCAGUGA